CAUUCACCUUUCCAUGAUCUUAAGGCGGGAUUUCUUCGUACAUUAGGCCAGUCUGUUGGUUCUAACCGCGUCAUAUAAUAGGAUCCGACGCAGAUGGUCCUCGUCGCCGCAAAAAGCGUAACAGAUGGGGCGAUGCCUCCGAGAACAAAGCAGCUGGCCUCAUGGGUCUUCCUACUGCUAUCGUGGCCAAUAUGACCAGCGAGCAGCUUGAAGCUUACACCCUGCAUCUCCGAAUCGAAGAGAUCAGUCAAAAGCUGAGGAUCGAUGAUGUUGUUCCUGCUGACGGUGACAGAUCUCCCUCUCCUCCACCACAAUACGACAACCAUGGUCGUCGUGUCAAUACUCGAGAAUAUCGUUACCGCAAGCGCCUAGAAGACGAGCGACACAAACUGAUUGAGAAGGCCAUGAAGACCAUCCCUAACUACCACCCACCACAGGACUAUCGCCGACCGACUAAGACCCAAGAAAAGGUCUAUGUGCCGGUCAAUGAUUACCCGGAGAUUAACUUCAUUGGUUUACUUAUUGGCCCUCGUGGCAAUACUCUAAAGAAGCGGAAGUACGAUUGUCCAGAGAAGCAGAAUUUUACUGCCAAUAUCAUUUGCCGUGUCUGUGGCAAUGCAGGCCACAUGGCUCGAGAUUGCCCUGAUCGGCAGAAGGGUGCCAGCUGGCGUAACGAUGGCCCUCGUGCUGCCGGUCGCAUUGGUGGAGCUGACGGUGUUGAUCGUGAAUAUGAGCAAUUGAUGCAAGAGCUUGGUGGAGGCUCAAGCGGGCCGCCUGCUCGCAUCGAAGCCGGGCCAGGCUCUUACAACAACAAUAACGGUAACGGUGAUAGCAAACCUUGGCAGCGUGGCCCGACGGGCGCGGCCGCGCCGUGGCGCACCCGCAAUGACGAUCGUGGACACGAAGGCGGCGGCGGUGGCAGUGGGGGUGGCCCGGCUCCUUGGCGUGAUCGCGGCAAUCGUGGCGGCGAGAACCAAGGAGGCGAUUACUAUGGUGGUCAGAAUUACGGUAACGGUCCAUCUGCUCCCGGAGCUGCUCCUUGGCAUCAACCCAAUCAAGGCAACGGCCAGUCGGGCUAUAAUAGCUAUCCCGGCUACGCUGGGUAUGGCUCUGCGGCUCCAGGAAUGGGACCACCUCCGGGCCUUCCUGCAAAUCCUCUGGGCGCACCGCCAGGACUUCCUGGUAACCUCAAUGCCUUGAUUCAGCAAUAUGCUGGCGGUGCUGUUCCACCUCCACCGCCAUCUGACGGUGCUCCUCCGCCGCCACCUAGUGACCAGCCUCCACCGCCUCCUCCUGGUGCUUAGCGUGGUGCAGCAUGGACAAACAGCAUGAGCCUUCGGAUACUAACUGGGACAUAUGAUGACGGAUUUAUGGAUGCUUUGCACACUAAGCAGCUCGCAUGUUGCUCACUAACACUACGCCUACAACCAUCGCAUUAACGUGAGCGACAUAAUAUUUAGGAAACGCUUGCGAGCAUAGUAUCACGCCGUAGUCAUCCUCUCAGACUAAUGGGAAAAUGCAUGCAGAAUUACCAAAGACCAUUCGCGCAACCUCUCCAUAUGAUAUAAGUCUUGGGUAGGUAGCCAGUACGCAGUAACCAGAGCUUUGAAACCGUACUUUAACACGUAGUAUUUAUUUCUGCCUCUCUAGGUUUACUACAUAAAUGAGAUUAACAGACGCUCUGGUCGGUAUACCGUAUGAUAUCUUCAAGU